AUAAUUGUGGUUUUGAGCGGAACUACGGCUGGUUGUUCGAAACUUUACAGACCGACUGCAACUGUGUCUGGAGAGUAGUUUCAUUUAGAGCAGCAUUAUCAACUUCUGAUAAUCACAUCACUGUGGUUAUACUAAUAACCUUUAAAGUGUUUGGAAGAAGACUGACAGUUUUGCAUUCUAACGGGUUUCUUUUUGGGAUUCAGAAAUCGAAAGUUCUACUGACAUUGAUGGUGUCUACGCAGCUCCUUCUAUCUACCAGUGCAGAUGUUUUAAAUUAUUUACGCUUUGCAAGUAUUUAAUUGACGAAGAAGAGGAAUAUGCUUUAUUUAGAGGAAGUGAGCAAGUGACUCCAAUGCUAUAGGCCCAUGCCCACACUGGAAACACUGUACUUCACUUUUUCAAAUGACAUUUUCAAGAAAUGGCUUCAGCUGACAACAAGAUAUGCUUCAUCAUAACUGCAAAUCCACCUUCACCAUAUAGCUACAUAAAAGCUGGUGAAAUAUGCUUCAUAGAUAGACAGCGAUUUGAUUUAAGGCAAAAGAGAAAUGACACCAAGAUGUUACCUGUCGUUUGUAUGGGCACAACGUUCGAUGUAUACCUUAAUGAAGUUCUUCUGCAGCAAUUGAAGCCCAGAUCAGCAGAAUUACUGCUGGCUCUUGAAUCCAAUGAAAUGCGACUGUUGGCACUGAAAGAUCCUGAGGCUUUAAAGGAGGCUUCAAAUCUGUCUGAAGGCAGUCGGGUUUACGUGGAAUAUAAAGGGCAAUGGCUCAAAGGUGUGAUUCGAUACACUGGCGUUCUUUUACCUUUAUCUCAUAUGUCUGAUCCUAUACGAGGAGUCUUCUUUGGGGUGGAACUGCAGGGGGAAGAUAAAGGUAAAGGCCAAAAUGAUGGUUCCUACCUCCAUAAAACAUACUUCACAUGUCCUAAAAACUCAGGCAUUUUUGCCCCUUUUACAAGAAUCAAACCAGUGGAUCAUAAACCAUCAGCACUGCCGCUACCAACUCAGUCUUCCGUGUCCAUGACAUCUACUGAACCUCUCAAAGUUGGAGACAGAGUUACCUUUCUUGGUGACAUAAAUGAUCACCAUGGCAUGAUUAUGGAUAUAAAGGACAGCCCAGAUGGUAAAAUGGUUCUCAUAUCUACUGAUAGGGAUGAAGAGGGGAAGCAAGGGGGAGAGAUGUUGGUCCCAUUGGAUUUUGUAAUUAAAGAGGAGCCAUUAAAUAAAGAUGGAACUGAAAAAAUGGACACUUCUCAGGGCUCCGAGAAGGGGGGUGUUACUGAUUCUGACGAAAUUACUGUUGGCUCCCUAGUGCAGAUCCUGGGAAAAAAGCUAUCUUAUGGAAUUGUCCGCUGGAUUGGCUCUUUACCUGAUUACCUUGAGAAGAUUGCUGGACUGGAACUGGAGGACAGCAGUGCCGGUGUGAAUGAUGGGACAUAUAAAGGAAAAUGGUACUUUACCUGUCCUCCUCAUUGUGGUUUAUUUGUGAAACUAUCAUCUUGUCGGCCUGAUGAUCGUUUUUCUGGUGCAAAGAAGCAGCAGUUUAAUGGACAUUCUGAUCAUAAUGGGGCAAUUGUAUAUGAGGAACAGGAGAAUGUACCACCUAUUAGAACAGAAGAUGUGUCAAAGCGAUUGAUUGGUAAGAAGAAAGGCAUUCAGGGUCACUGCAACUCCUGUUAUAUGGACUCUGCCCUGUUCAGGUUAGAGCUCAUCUUAGACACGUUUGAUAGUAUGGCUGACCGUGUUGGUGAAAUUGAUGGCUAUAAUAUCCCAGAAGUGCGGGCAUGUCCUGAGGUUGGCCAGUACCUACAUAUGCCUCUGGCUCAGCUGGCAAAUCAAGUGCCUCGAGAGAUGGAAGGUGUGGCGAAGCGACUCUUCUGCGACGGUUACAUGUACCUUUAUCAGAGCAAGACCAUGUCUCUAUAUCGAUGAUUAAAUCAACAAAUACGGUUCAUGUCAAUAACUGAGAAUGUGCAAUCUGAUUAUCUAUGACUAGGGUCUGCUUAGUAAUGCCUUCUAAUAAUGAUAUGUUCUUUUCAAGGGAAAUCAUGAAACUAUAUGCUUCUGCUCCAUAUUUGAGCAUUUAUCGGUCAAAUAUUUACACUUUCUGUUGGAAUUAUUUACUUUCUGUGUGGCAUUGCCAUAUUGGAUUGCCUGGGUGGGUGGUACAUGCUCUUUUAAACAUGCUGGAUGAAGAUGGUGCAGCUGAUAUCCUUGAUUUAGUGAUUUAGACUUGAAUAAAACUACUCAAAUUGUCAAAGUGCCUUUUAUGUAUAUAAGAAAUAAUAAUAUUAUCAUUUUCUAAUCUUACUUAAAUGGAAAGAGUUUUUAUAUUUUCUAUUCAAAUGCGUAUUGCUGAACUGUGAGCAGACCUGUGUAGCUUGCUGCCUAACUCAUGUUAGUAGAAAAGGGGGUCAAGACAUUUUUGUUUACAUUUAAAACUGACAAGAUAAAAGAUUUUGUUUCUAUAACUAUGAAAUUGAUGGCUUGCAUAACUUAAUUGUAUUGGUUCUUGAGGUCCAUUUAAUAAUUCUGUAUGAAGCUCUCUGGCUACUGAAUAUUAUUGUGAGCAAUACUGUAUGUAAUCACUGCGUCAUCAAUUAUCUGUCAAAGUAUUUUGAUUAUGCUUUCUCUUGAAUUAGUUUGUUUUAGUGUAUUUGAUUUAAUUCCAAUGAAAAAGAUCAACUAAAAAAGAAAUGUCUUGACAGGAAUUACAUCCUCUACGUCCUCUUUCGCUCUCUUCGUGUGUGUUUGUGUGAGAGACUUAGAUCUCAGCUCAUUACAUUCCUUCCCUUACCACACAGGAAUAAACCUGGAUGAGACUUUGCUUGUGUUUUUCGUUACAUCAUCGUAAACUGUAACUGAUGGAACAGUAGCUGUUUAGACUGCAAGAGGUGGAAAGGACUCACGACAACACUGCACUGAAAUCUUAAAUUAAGACUGGAUAAGUAAAAGUGAUUUGGAAUAAUCUGUGCUGUGCUAAUAAUACACUUGGAUGUAGGCACUUUAAGUGCCUUAAGCAACAGGCUUCACUGUAAACAUUU